UCCAAAAAAUGAAUUUUACAAAAAAGGAGGGAGAAUUAUGAUAGCUAGUAGCAAUUUCAUAUCCUGCAAUUUCUCCUGUCUGAGAAUUACCAACAAAUCUUGUUCAAGAAGGAUAACCCCAUUAUUAUCAUCAUUUAUUAAACCGUAUGAUUUUCAAAGAGUCUCCAAAUUUUCGGCUUUUCUGAACAAUUACGAGGAGAAGAAGAAGAACGGUCUUCUCCAAAUAUGUCAGAAUGCAUUGUACGUAAGGAAUACUAUACAAGACCCUGUACUUGUUCCUUUAAAGGAAAACGGUGGUAGGAGUGGCGGUAGUGGAGGCGAUGGUGGUGGUGAUGGGGGUGGAGAAGAGAGAGACUGGACGUCGUCGUUUUUGCUUUUUGCCUUCUGGGCUGGAAUCAUGUACUACGUUUUCUUCCUCUCACCCAACCAGACCCCGGUAUGUAUUAUUCUCCUCUUAUCUUAAUUCUUCAACUCUGUU